UUAUGUUAAUAGAACUGUUUCUUGAAUAGUCUGCAUAAAAUACAUUUCUAAGAACGCUAGUACAGUAGGUUACUCUAGAUCUAUUUGAUCCUCCCAACUUAAAAGGGUAGUAUAAUCUUCAGGGCGGUAUUCAAAGACAGUGUUAGAAACACUCUGGUCAGAAAACACAUAGGUUUAGAUGCCUCAGCACCCAUGAGUAUUUGCUGAAGCUUAAGUCUUCCUAUAAGCUAACUAUUGGGAUUUGAUGAUUUUAAAUAUGGGCGACACUAGAGUUAGUGAUAAUGUCUUAAUUUUAGUGCAAAAUACGAAGAAUGUUUCAACUUGCUCCUCUUGGGAUGAACCACACAGACAUAACUAAUGUUAAUGGGAGCUAAUGGAAGUCAUCAUGUUCUGAAAAGCCAUUAAAUAUGCAUCAUUCUAAUGUUCAGGUUACUGUUGUUGAAAUCCUAUUACUUUAAGAAAGGGUUUGGCCUUGUAACUCUUUCUCCUGAACUGAGUGACCCAGAAUCAGUUGUCCUUUGAGUUUUUCUUUCGUGGUAUAGUCUGUGCUCAGAGGGUCAUAUCCUGUAUAUUUUGGUAGGAGAGAACAGAGUUGGAUGUGAUUUCCUAAUACUUUUUGUUUUACUGCUAAAUAGCAGAUAGCCCUUCAGAUCAUUUCCUGUUUUCUUUUUUUGUACCCUCCCCUCACCCUUAAGCUCAGGCUCCUAGGUAUCUAAUUGCCUAUUUAAAUUCCUUUUUACCAAAGCCUAAGUGUGUAAAUGGUCUGAAGGCUAGGCAAAGGGAAGAAUCGGGUAGAAUGAAAGAGUAGGCCAGUUCUCAUUUAUCUCUUGAGUUUUGUAAACUGAGGAUGUGAAUUUAAUACUUUGCUUAUUUUUAAAUAUAUUUGACUACUGUGAAAAACUAGUAUGAGGCAUUAGAAUCUGGAAUAUCAGCUUCUUCCUUUGGGACCUGGAGAUAAUACUUGAAGGCCUAAUGCUCUCUCUACGUCCCUUUCAGCAUUAAGGUAGAUGCUGUUUCUUGGCUAAGUUGACGUACAUAUGCUUUGUAGCAUAAUUCAUGCUGCCUUUUGUGAUACUCUUGGGUAGUUAAAAUAAUAGGACCCAGGUGAGAGCGCUUCUAGGUGGAGCCACUGUAGAACUGGAUUUUAGAUGCGGCCAGGGUUUAUGCUCAGCUGGUGUACCCUUGUGUGCUCCUACUGGUGAUUUACAGCCAGUGUUCCUUCAUUUUGGGCGUGCAUCCAUUCCGAUCUGGGUGGUGUCUAUGCUUUAGCUGUAAUCAAAUAUUUUGAAUAUUAUCGUUGUAUGCAGAAAUGAGAAAGACACCUCCUGAAAUUUACUGUAAUACAUUUAUAGUGCAUUGAUUUAUUUGACAUAUAGGAAUCAUCAUGUUGAUCUUGGAAUUCUAAGUUCCCUGGCUGUAGGAAAUGGAAAUUUUUUGUAGUGUGUCACCAUUGCUAGCUUAUCUGGUGUUGCGGAUUUUCCCUGUUGCAGGACUGGGUGAAAGCUUUUUCUGCAGCAGUCAUGUUGAAAACCUUGUGUUGACUUUCCUCGUGUUCUGAAAUGGGAACAUAAAAGUUUACUCCGCCACUUCGUCUUAAAAUAGCAAAACAUUGCUGUUUUCUGCAGAUCUAGGACCUUGUUACAGAACUCUGCCAAAAAAAAAAAAAAAAUGUUUACAGAAGAAUGUGCUGUGAUUAGAGAAGAAUAUGCUGGUGUGUAGAUUUCAAACUCUCUGGACAAUAUGAAUAACACUGUCUUUGUUUCUACAGUGGGAGCCAAGAAGAAAGGUUUGCUCCCGGGUGGAACAGGGAUUAUCCUCCUCCUCCCCUUAAGAGUCAUGCUCAAGAGAGACACUCUGGCAACUUUCCUGGCAGAGAUUCACUUCCCUUUGAUUUCCAGGGGCAUUCGGGGCCUCCCUUUGCAAAUGUAGAGGAGCAUUCUUUCAGCUAUGGAGCUAGAGACGGACUGCGUGGUGACUAUCGAGGAGGGGAGGGACCUGGACAUGAUUUCAGGGGGGGAGAUUUUUCAUCUUCUGAUUUCCAGAGCAGAGAUUCAUCACAGUUGGACUUCAGGGGUAGGGACAUACAUUCUGGGGAUUUUCGGGAUAGAGAAGGACCACCAAUGGACUAUCGGGGUGGAGAUGGGACUUCUAUGGAUUAUAGAGGUAGGGAGACAUCUCACAUGAACUACAGAGACAGGGAUGCUCACACUGUUGAUUUCAGAGGUAGGGAUGCUCCUUCAUCUGACUUCAGGGGCCGGGGCACUUACGAUUUAGAUUUUAGAGGCCGGGAUGGAUCCCACACAGACUUUAGGGGACGAGAUUUAUCAGAUUUGGAUUUCAGGGCCAGAGAUCAGUCCCGUUCUGACUUUAGGAAUAGAGAUGUGUCUGAUUUGGACUUCAGGGACAAAGAUGGAACACAGGUGGACUUCAGAGGUCGAGGUUCAGGUACUAGUGAUCUAGACUUUAGGGACAGGGAUACGCCACAUUCAGAUUUCAGAGGUAGACACCGGUCCAGGACUGAUCAGGAUUUUAGGAGCAGAGAGGUGGGACCUUGUAUGGAGUUCAAAGAUAGGGAGAUGCCCUCUGUGGAUCCAAAUAUUUUGGAUUACAUACAACCCUCUACACAAGAUAGAGAACAUUCUGGUAUGAACAUGAACAAGAGAGAAGAAUCCACACAUGACCAUACAACAGAAAGGCCUGCUUUUGGCAUUCAGAAGGGAGAAUUUGAACAUUCAGAAACAAGAGAAGGAGAAAAACAAGAUGCAGCCUUUGAACAUGAGUCCACAUCGGACUUUCAAAACAGCCAGAGUCCACUUCAAGACCAAGACAAGUCACAACUUUCUGGAGGUGAACAACAGAGUUCAGAUGCUGGUGUGUUUAAAGAAGAAGGUGGUCUGGACUUUCUUGGCCGGGAAGACACUGAUUACAGAAGCAUGGAGUACCGAGAUGUGGAUCACAGGCUGCCGGGAAGCCAGAUAUUCGGCUAUGGUCAGAGCAAGUCUUUUCCAGAGGGCAAAACCUCCCGAGAUGCCCAGCGGGACCUUCAGGAUCAAGAUUAUAGGACUGGCCCAAAUGAGGAAAAACCAAGCAAGCUUAUUCGAUUAAGUGGGGUGCCUGAAAAUGCCACAAAAGAAGAGAUUCUUAAUGCCUUUCGGACUCCUGAUGGCGUGCCUGUAAAGGACUUGGAGUUGAAGGAGUAUAACACAGGUUACGACUAUGGCUAUGUCUGCGUGGAGUUUUCACUCUUGGAAGAUGCCAUCGGAUGCAUGGAGGCCAACCAGGGGACUCUAAUGAUCCAUGACAAAGAGGUCACCCUUGAGUAUAUACCAGGCCCAGAUUUUUCGUACUGCAAACGGUGUAAGGCCAGCGUAGCUGGACACCGAUCUUCAUGUUCAGUCUGCAAGUGCCCAAAGGAAGUGACAGAAGCCAAGCAAGAAUUAAUAACCUAUCCUCAGCCUCAGAAAACAUCCAUACCAGCACCAUCAGAAAAACAACCCAGCCAGUCCCCAAGGUCAGCUGAUAAGGAACCUGAACCCAAGAAGAGAGAAGAAGGACAAGAACCACGCUUGGGACAUCAAAAGAGAGAAGGAGAAAGGUAUCUGCCUCCUCGAAGGGAAGGGCUCACCUUCCGAAGAGACCGAGAGAAGGAACCAUGGUCUGGGGAGACACGCCAGGAUGGGGAGAGCAAAACAAUUAUGCUAAAGCGCAUCUAUCGUUCCACUCCACCUGAGGUCAUAGUGGAAGUGCUGGAACCCUACGUCCGCCUUACUACUGCCAAUGUCCGUAUCAUCAAGAACAGAACCGGCCCCAUGGGCCACACUUAUGGCUUUAUUGACCUCGACUCCCAUGCGGAAGCUCUUCGUGUAGUGAAGAUCUUGCAGAACCUUGAUCCACCAUUUAGUAUUGAUGGGAAGAUGGUAGCUGUAAACUUGGCCACCGGAAAACGAAGAAAUGAUUCUGGGGACCAUUCUGACCACAUGCACUACUAUCAGGGUAAAAAGUAUUUCCGAGACAGGAGAGGAGGAGGCAGAAAUUCAGACUGGGCUCCAGAUACAAAUCGACAAGGACAACAGUCAUCAUCUGACUGCUACAUAUAUGAUUCUGCUACUGGCUACUAUUAUGACCCUUUGGCAGGAACUUACUAUGACCCAAACACCCAGCAAGAAGUCUAUGUGCCCCAGGACCCUGGAUCACCUGAAGAAGAAGAGAUCAAGGAAAAGAAGUCCACCAGUCAAGGAAAGUCAAGUAGUAAGAAGGAAGCAUCGAAAAGAGAUGGCAAGGAGAAAAAAGACCGAGGAGUGACAAGGUUUCAGGAAAAUGCCACUGAGGGGACAGCCCCCCCAGAGGAUGUCUUUAAGAAGCCCCUGCCUCCCACUGUGAAGAAGGAAGAAAGUCCUCCACCACCUAAGGUGGUAAACCCACUCAUCGGCCUCCUGGGUGAAUAUGGAGGAGACAGUGACUAUGAGGAAGAAGAAGAGGAGGAGCAGCCGCCUCCUCCACAGCCCCGCACAGCCCAGCCCCCACAGAGGGAGGAGCUGACCAAGAAGGAGAAUGAAGAAGAUAAACUCACUGACUGGAAUAAACUGGCUUGUCUGCUCUGCAGAAGGCAAUUUCCCAACAAAGAAGUUCUGAUCAAACACCAGCAGCUCUCAGACCUGCAUAAGCAAAACCUGGAAAUCCAUCGGAAGAUAAAACAAUCUGAGCAGGAGCUAGCCUAUCUGGAAAGGAGAGAACAGGAGGGAAGGUUUAAAGAAAGAGGAAGUGAUCGCAGGGAAAAGGUCCAAUCUUUUGACUCUCCAGAAAGGAAACGAAUUAAAUACUCCAGGGAAACUGACAGUGAUCGCAAACCUGUUGGUAAAGAAGGAAUCGACAGUAGCAACAAAGGAGGCUGUGUCCAGCAGACCGCUGGCUGGAGGAAGGGGGCGGGCCUCGGGUAUGGCCAUCCUGGAUUGGCUUCAGCAGAGGAGACUGAAGGCCGGAUAAGGGGGCCCAGUGUGGGGGCUCCAGGAAGAACCAGCAAGAGACAGUCCAACGAGACUUACCGAGAUGCUGUGCGAAGAGUCAUGUUUGCUCGGUAUAAAGAACUAGAUUAAAGAAUGGAGACAAGUCCCUACAGAACACAAUCUCCUUCUUGUUUUGUUUGUCCGUCUCUCCUUUUGUUUUGUUACUGUUCUUGCUGCUAGAACUUUUUUAAAUAAACUUUUUUUCAAUGUGA